CGAGAAGACGCCGGAAGUUAAAAACCUUCAUAAAGGAUCAUAUUUGACGGUGUGAAGUCAGUUUGUCAUCAUGGAGAACAGAGAGAUCUUCAUCUCCUGAUCACAGCUGUGUGUCUCUGAAGAGUGACGCAUCCAUGGGUCGUCCUCUUAAUUUCAGUAAUGAUCCAGUGACCUCUGACCCCAGCAGAGCAGAUGGAGAGCGAAGCAUCUCUGGAGGAGCCUCUGUCUUCUGUCUGAACAACACGAGCGUUACAGCGUCUCUGAAUAAACAUGAUCAACCAGUGAAUGAUGAACUACAGAGAGUCAAAGACCAGCUCAAAACCAGCAUGAAGAACAAGUAUGAGAGAUUAUUUGAGGGACUGAACCUCCAGGAGAAUGAAAGCCUCCUGAACAGGAUCUACACACAGCUCUACAUCAUAGAGGGAGAGAGUGAAGGAGUGAAUGAAGAACAUGAGGUUUUACAGAUGGAGAAAACAGCCAGAACACAACACUCACAAGACACUCCAAUCUACUGCAAUGACAUCUUUAAAGCCUCAGCUGAACCAGGAUGUGAGGAGAAAGACCAGAUCAAGACUGUUCUUACUAAAGGCAUCGCUGGAAUCGGAAAAACCGUCUCUGUGCAGAAGUUCAUUCUGGACUGGGCCGAGGGAAAAGCCAAUCAGGAUGUAGAUUUCAUGUUUGUGCUUCCAUUUCGAGAGCUGAACUUGAUCCGAGAUCAUCAGUACAGUCUUCACAGACUUCUGCUGGACUUUCAUCCUGAACUUCAAGAUCUGGACUCAAAGAUUUAUGAGGAGUGUAAAGUUGUGUUCAUCUUUGAUGGUCUGGAUGAAAGCAGAAUCACGCUGAUGUUUUCAGACGCUCAGAAAGUUUGUGAUGUGACUGAGACUUCAUCAGUGGGUGUGUUGAUGUCAAAGCUCAUGAAAGGAGAGCUAAGCUCCUGGAAGAAGAUCUGA